ACGCGUCUGGAAAACAUGUUGUGGAAACUUGGAACACUCAGGGAAACCUGGAAAGCCCAACACCGCUAUUCGAACGAAAGUGAUCAAUUCAUCAUGCUCGAUAGUUGCAUGACCGGCAGCGGGAUUCGCCUGCCAAGUGGUCGCAGCCAGCUCUAUAAAGCGUUCCGACUAGUUCUGUUUCUGUCGACCUCGCUGAGGUGGUCAACAUUUUUGCUCAAUUUCUCGAAAUGGGGCUCCUACGGAGCGGCUUUGAACAAUCUUCAUGUUUUGACCGCAGUUUUGGUCACACUAGUGCGAGGGAUUUGGAUCCAGAUGAACAUCAAGGAAUUUACCGAGGCGAAGAGCUACAUCAACGGGCGUCGCUUCCGACCGAACGAUGGACGUUCCACAGAGAUCCGUCGUGAGACCUAUCAACAAAUUCACUUGUUGGUUACGGUGUAUCUGAUCGCACAGGCAACAGCUUACGCACCAUUGAUGGUGAUCGAUUUACGUCGUAUUCCUCCGCUGCGCAAUCCUAUUGAGGUUCGCGAUAUGACCAGCGAUGGUUUCCAGCUGUUCUUGGAUAAAUUGUACGCCGUGAUGCUACUACCCUACGGAGCUUCAGCAGUAACAAAUGUCCUGACAACAUAUAUGUUGUUGGAAGGAUUCAUUGUAGAGAUGCAGAUCAUAGCUAACUCUUUUGGUGAGAUAUUCGACAGUAUCGCCAAUCAACCGGAGGAUGAUUUUUGGCGAGAGUUACAAGCCAAUUUCAAGAUAUGUGCGGAGCAACACAUAACUUGUUUGAAUUAUUUGAAAAAUACGAGACCACUUCUUAAUGGAACACUGUUGGUUGUGUAUUUUUCGACUGGUUUCUUCAUAUCCACCGGAGCGGUGUAUAUCAUGUGGACAAAAAAAUUGGAAAUGUUCAAAUUCCAGAUAUUUUACCUAAUAGCGUUCAAUGUUCUCGAGUGUUUCUUUUUCAGUAUUUUGGUGGAACGCAUCAAACGAGUGCAUAAUUCCGUCGGAGAGCAGGUGUACAAUCUGACAUGGCAUACCAACCUGAGAUACAAUAAGGCUUUCGAGAAGGAUUACAUUGCGAUCCGGGAAACCAUGUUGAUUGUGAUGCAUUCAGCGGAGCGCCCCCUGGGCAUCAGCUGUGGAGGACUCUUUGAGCUGGGAAUGGAACGUUUCUACGAGAUGAUGAAAUUGUCCUACCAACUGGUUAUGUUUUUGUGGAACGUCGCUGAUGACUGAGACGUUUGCAGUUUUGCACAUAUUUGGAAUUUCUUUGCGAAAAUGUAUGUCGCUUUCGGUGGAAUGCACAGUUGAGUUGAGUGUGAUUAUUAAAUUUGCUGUUCGUUUUGAAUUAUU